AUGGUCAGUGCCAAGAGGCUCACCCAACUGGCAAAGAAGUGGCAGCGGAUGGCGGCCAUGGGGAGGAAGAGGAUCACGCAGACUAUAACGGCGAAAAGGGUCGCCAAGGAGAGCUGCGCGACGACCUCAGUAGCGGUGAAGGGACACUGUGUGGUGUACACCUCUGAAGGGGAAAGGUUCGAGGUGCCAGUGUCAUGCCUAGGCAACGCGGUCUUCGGCGAGCUCCUGAGGAUGUCUCAGGAGGAGUUCGGAUUCGGGGGCGGUGACGAUGGCCGCAUCACUCUGCCCUGUGACGCCACUGUCAUGGAAUAUGCCAUGUGCUUGCUCAGGAGAGAUGCCUCCAGGGAAGUAGUGAAGGCAUUCCUGAGCUCCAUUGCAUGGCCGUGCAGCUUUGAUGGUGGUGUGGUGGCACCAUGCAUAGGGCUUAACCUGCAUGUGGCGGCUGCGGGGUGCUCCCGCUCGCGCUUCUCCGGUCUCUGCCUGGGUGCUAGGCCGGUGGAUGGUCUUCUGGCCGGCGUGGUGCUGGAUGGUCAACGACGCCGGUUCUUCUUCGUGCUGCCGCAGCUUUCGGCGCCCCUCCGAUGGGAUCUCCGGAUGGCGACCAUGGGUGCGGUCUUCUCACCAUUGCGAGGUGGUGUCGGUGCGCUGUGUGGUCUCGGAUGGGCGUUGCCUUUCGACUACGUCGACGGUGCAGUGUCGCGGCUGAGCCUCGGCUGA